GCGGCGGCAGGAGGAUCAGAGCGGAGCAGCAGCAGCAGCAGCAGCAGCAGCAAAGCGAGGGACUGUCUGGCUGAGCAGCAGGGUGUGGAGCGGACACCGCAGCCAGCAUCGCUUAGGGCUUGGCCGAGACUUCGAGGGGUUUUUUUUCCUGCUACAAAUUGUAUCGCGCUCCCCCCCCCCCGGGGGCUGGACCCUGAACCAAAAAAAACCCCAGCCACGUCCCCAUUCCCCCCCCCUUUCCGUGACCGGGGCCCCUCCUGCCCGGGGUAGCGGCUGGUGGAUGGGCAGCCAGCCUGCUCCCGUCCUUCCGCGUCCCAGCGUGCGGCUGGGGGCAGGAGUCGGGGCUUAGCAUCCGCCGCCCCGCACCCUCUGGGCACCUCGCCAGAUACUGAUUUUGGUUAACCAACGCAUGCAGCAGAGCUUUGUACAAGCACUCGGAACAAAAGAGAAGAGUGAAGAGACUCUGAAAACCAUCUUCCAUAUUCUGAAUGUCCAAGAGUUUCAACCUAAACUUUAAUUUGUACUUUUUUUUUUUUUGGAUACUGAUUUAUAUAUUCAGUCUUUUGCUAUUUUAAGGGGCUAGGCAGUUGAACUUACUAGCAAACCAACAUGGCUAGGAUUAGAUUGGUUUUAAUAGCUUGCCUGUUGGUGCUAGAAUUGCUAAUGAAUUCAGUAACUGAGCCUUCUAUACAGAAUAAUGAAUGUCCACAGCUUUGUGUAUGUGAAAUCAGGCCAUGGUUUACACCACAGUCGACCUACAGAGAAGCUACAACAGUUGACUGCAAUGACCUUCGUUUAACAAAAAUCCCCAGCAAUCUUUCCAGUGACACUCAAGUUCUUCUCUUACAAAGCAACAACAUUGCAAAGACCACAGAUGAACUCCAACAGCUUUUCAAUUUAACAGAGUUAGAUUUUUCACAGAAUAAUUUUACUAGUAUCAAAGAGGUGGGACUCUCAAAUCUGACUCAGCUCACUACUUUACAUUUGGAGGAAAACCAGAUAACAGAGAUGACUGACUACUGUUUGCAGGACCUUUGCAAUCUCCAGGAACUAUAUAUAAACCAUAACCAGAUUAGUAGCAUCUCUGCAAAUGCAUUCUCUGGCCUGAGGAACCUUUUAAGACUUCAUCUUAACUCUAACAAAUUAAAGGUUAUUGACAGUCGUUGGUUUGAUUCUACUCCUAACCUGGAGAUCCUUAUGAUUGGAGAAAAUCCAGUGAUUGGAAUACUAGAUAUGAACUUCAAGCCACUCUCAAAUUUAAGAAGUCUGGUUUUGGCAGGUAUGUACCUCACUGAUAUUCCUGGAAAUGCAUUAGUAGGCUUGGAUAGUCUUGAAAGUCUUUCCUUUUAUGAUAACAAAUUGGUCAAGGUUCCUCAGCUUGCUCUUGAGAAAGUUCCAAAUUUAAAAUUCCUUGAUCUCAACAAAAACCCAAUUCACAAAAUCCAAGAAGGUGACUUUAAAAAUAUGCUGCGGUUGAAAGAACUUGGGAUCAAUAAUAUGGGAGAACUAGUUUCUGUUGAUAGGUAUGCACUAGACAACCUACCUGAACUUACAAAGCUUGAAGCUACCAACAAUCCAAAGUUGUCUUACAUACAUCGUUUAGCAUUUCGUAAUGUUCCUGCUCUAGAAAGCCUGAUGCUGAACAACAAUGCUUUGAAUGCAGUCUACCAAAAGACAGUGGAAUCCCUUCCAAAUCUGCGUGAGAUCAGUAUUCACAGUAAUCCACUCAGGUGUGACUGUGUCAUUCACUGGAUCAACUCAAACAAAACCAAUAUCCGUUUUAUGGAGCCUCUAUCAAUGUUUUGUGCUAUGCCACCUGAAUACAGAGGACAACAGGUGAAAGAAGUGUUAAUACAGGAUUCAAGUGAACAAUGUCUUCCAAUGAUUUCUCAUGACACUUUUCCAAAUCAUUUGAAUUUGGACAUUGGCAUGACAGUGUUUCUAGAUUGUCGAGCCAUGGCAGAACCCGAACCAGAAAUUUAUUGGGUAACUCCACUUGGAAAUAAAAUAACAGUUGAAAGUCUCUCAGACAAGUACAAGCUGAGUAGUGAAGGUACCCUGGAAAUCUCGAAUAUUCAGAUUGAAGACUCUGGAAGAUAUACAUGUGUUGCUCAAAAUAUAGAAGGGGCUGAUACAAGAGUAGCUACUAUAAGAGUGAAUGGAACUCUUUUGGAUGGUACACAAGUGCUGAAAAUAUAUGUCAAGCAAGCUGAGUCUCAUUCGAUAUUAGUUUCUUGGAAGGUUAAUUCCAAUGUCAUGACCUCCAAUUUAAAAUGGUCCUCAGCCACUAUGAAGAUUGAUAACCCUCACAUUACAUACACCGCGAGGGUCCCAGUUGAUGUACAUGAAUAUAACCUCACUCAUUUGCAGCCAUCCACAGAUUACGAGGUCUGUCUAACUGUAUCAAAUAUCCAUCAGCAAACUCAAAAGUCUUGUGUUAAUGUUACAACAAAAAAUGCAGCUUUUGCCCUUGACAUUUCUGACCAAGAAACCAGUACCGCCCUUGCAGCUGUAAUGGGUUCAAUGUUUGCUGUGAUCAGCCUUGCCUCCAUCUCUGUUUAUAUUGCUAAAAGGUUUAAGAGAAAAAACUACCACCAUUCAUUGAAAAAGUAUAUGCAAAAGACCUCUUCAAUCCCACUGAAUGAGCUCUAUCCGCCACUUAUUAAUCUCUGGGAAGGUGACAGUGAAAAAGACAAGGAUGGUUCUGCAGAGACCAAGCCAACCCAAGUUGACACAACCAGAAGCUAUUACAUGUGGUAACUCAGAGGAUAUUCUGCUUCUGGUAGUAAGGAGCACAAAGGCUUUUUUGCUUUAUUCUGCAAAAAUGAAAAGUUGAAGACUUUUGUAAUUUUUUGACUUUGCUAGUUUGUGGCAGAGUGGUGAGGACAGGUGGAUAUUUCAGAAUUUUUUAGUAUAGCGUAUCGCAAUUGUUUGACACAAAUGGCAGCUUCACCUAGCUUCCAAUUACUUUUUUUUUUAGUUGUGCUAAACUUAAUGCUGUUCUAACUACAGUACUGAAUAAAAUUAAUGACAGGCUGGGGUUACCUUAUGAUUCACAGAUAGCACAGCCCCUUUCUUCUGAAGCCAUCAGUAGAGAGUACAGUAUCCUGCAACAGCUAACAUACAGUUUUGAAAUGGCAUUGAACCAGUUUUAUAACACUCUGGUCUAAAGACUCAAACUGAGAAAAGAAGACUAGAUCUUCAGUGAUGUUAGUUGACUGUACUGUAAUGUUGUAUCAACUGAUUUGAAUGUUUUUGACUUUAAACAAUGACUUUUUUUUUCUUUUUUGUAAUAGUUGAAAAGGCUUAGAUCAGUGUUUUUCAAACUGGUGUCACUGCUUGUGUAGGGAAAACCCCU